AUGAAAAUCAUUGAAUUAUUAUACAAUUCUAAUUUAAGUAUUGAUGAACAUGUUAUAAAAAAUUAUUCCAUAAAUGACAAAACAAAAGAUGACUAUAUCAAUAAUUGUGUAUAUGCUAACAUAGAGGAGGAGCAAGUAAAGGAAACACAAAAUGAAUACCAUUUAAAAAAUACAAUAAAUGAACAACCAGAAAAACUAGUUUGUUAUCAAACUAACAAAAUGGAUAUGGAAAAUAAUGUUACAAUAUUAUCCGAUAUAUAUCAUAAAUCAAACAAUUGUGAAAAAGAAAACAUAUCUAUAAAUAAUACAGCUGAUGAUAUAUAUGAAAAAAUAAAAAAUAUAAAAACAAAACAAUCUCUUGAAUGUUAUGAGUCCUAUUACUCAAGUCAUAUUUUAGGAAUAGGGGGGAAAGGAAAAAAUAAAAAUAUGAGCAACGAUUCCAAACUAAAUGACAAUAAUAAAUCUGAUCAAGUUGAAAGUUAUAAAAAAGAUGAUUCAAGCUCGUCACUAAAUAAUAUGGAUCACCAAAAUAAUGAAAGUGAUGGUGAUGAAAAUGAUGGGAGCAAAAAUAGUGGUGAAACAACCAUAGAUAAUAUAAAAUUUCAAAUUAAAAAAGAAAUAUAUAAAAAAUUAAAGAUUGCUUUUAAUACUAAUAUGCAAUUUAAUAUAAGUGAAGAAUAUUAUAUAAAAUUUAUGAAAAAAAAAAAGUUUCGAAAAUAUGUUUUAAAUACGUCUAAAUUUAUUGUAAUAUUAGGAAAGUAUUUACGUCUAUCAUUUUCUACUAUUUCAAUGGCAUUAUAUUAUAUGCAUAAAUAUAAUAAAAAAAAAUUAACAAAAAAAGAUAAACCUAUAAAUUACAUUAUUGCUGGGUCAUGUAUAUUUUUAGCAUGGAAAUUAAGAGAAGAUUUUGAACAAUGUAAAAAGUCACAAAAAUUAUAUGACAUACCUAAAGGAAUUUUUAAAUUACUUAAUUAUUUUUAUAAAAAAAAAAUUAUCAAAAAAAAAAUUAAACAAAUUCAACCUGAUUUAAUGUAUAACCAUCAAAAUUGUUAUGACAUAAAAGAUGAUGAUACUUUUGAUACACUUAUAGAAAUGGCUAAAAAAAAAAAUGAAAUAUUAACGUGUGCAGAUGAGCACGAUCAAAAUGUUAAUGUUUCAGAAGAUAUUACACAAAAUAAAAAAAAAAGAAAAAUCGACAUACAAAAUGAAGAUAUAAAAACGAUUGACAAACAGUCAUAUCAAGAGGAAGACAAAGAAAAAAAACACUAUAUGAAUUUGUAUAAUCAAUUGAUAGAUCUUAAUAAUAUUAUUACAGAUAGUGGCUACAUAUCUGAUAUAAAUAAUAUUAGUGAUGUUAGCGACCUUUUCAAUUCAUAUCUUUCUGAGUGUAAUAGUGACAAUUUGUCAGAGUAUAACUUUUCUACGGAAAAAGAAAACGACAAUAAUCUUGAUCAAUCAAAUAAAAACGGUGAUGAUGAUAUUGAUAAAAAUGCUUAUAUACAAAAAUUUAAAAAAUUAUGUAAAAAAAAAAAAAAAAAUAUAAAUAUUUCUUCCUCUAAAUGGGUAUUAAACAAUUCAGGACAAAAAUUACAGCUUCUUCAAAAAGCCAUAAUAUAUUAUGAAGGGGAAGUAUUAAAAAGUUUUAAUUAUUUUAUAAAACCUAAAAUAUUAUCUUUUGAACUUAUUUCAUUUUAUAUAACAAAUUUUGUAUCAAUAAUGUCUGAUUAUAUAAAACCUAAUCAAGUUUCCUAUUUACAAAAAUUAUCAUCUUUAAUUAUUUUGGAUUUUUAUAAAACGCCACUUUGUUUAAUAUUUCCUCCAAAAGAAAUAUUAAUUGUUUGUAUAAUAAAGGGGUAUAUUUCCUUAAAGUUAAUAAAUUCGGAAUUGGAUUUAGAUUAUGUAUCUCUUGAAAAUUUUGAAAAUAAAAUAAAGGAGUACAUCCUAUCCGUUAGUGGGGAUAUCCCAAUCGACAUUAACCGGAUAAAAAUGGCUUUGAAGGAAAUUAGGCACCCAUACCAUUAA